GAAGCAGGUCCAUGAGACCCUUUGGCUUGUAUCAAGGAGCAGCAUGAAACACCAUCCUCUUCUUUGUUUUGCUAGAGCUCUUGUGUUUGCAGAGUGGGCCUGAAUUCUUGGUUAAUGCUUAAUUUCCCAGGGUUCUGCAGGCAGAGGAACUUGUGAAAGUGACACGGCUGCACUGUAAAAACAGCAGCUCACAGACCCUGCUGCCAGAAGAGCCACUUCUGCUAGACCUGCGACCAGGAUUGCCUGAGCCAUGGAGCGAGAACCAAUGCGAAUAAGGGAGGGCUACUUGGUUAAGAAGGGCAGUAUGUUUAAUACUUGGAAGCCAAUGUGGAUUGUGCUCUUAGAAGAUGGAAUUGAGUUUUACAAGCGGAAGGCUGACAACAGCCCCAAAGGGAUGAUUCCACUAAAAGGAAGCUCUAUUAACAGUCCAUGCCAAGAUUUUGGCAAAAGAAUGUUUGUUUUCAAGCUCACUGCAGCCAAACAGCAGGACCAUUUCUUCCAAGCUGCCUACCUGGAGGAGAGAGAUGCCUGGGUACGGGAUAUCAAGAAAGCUAUUCAUUGCAUAGAUGGAGGCCAGAGAUUUGCUAGAAAAUCCACAAGAAAGUCGAUCAGACUGCCUGAAACAAUCAACCUGAGUGCUUUAUACCUUUCAAUGAAAGAUCCUGAAAAGGGAAUAAAGGAGUUAAAGCUGGAAAAAGAUAAAAAAGUGUUCAACCACUGCUUUACAGGCACCUGUGUGAUUGACUGGCUAGUAUCUAGCAACUCCAUCCGAAAUCGCAAAGAAGGCCUCAUGCUUGCCUCUUCCCUCUUGAAUGAAGGCUACCUACAGCCUGCAGGGGAUACAUCUAAGGCUGCUGCAGAGGGACUCUCAGACACUCCCUUCUUAGAUCUCAGCGAUGCCUAUUAUUAUUUUCCAGACAGUGGCUUUUUCUGUGAGGGGAAUUCUAGCGAUGAUGAUGUGGUCUUGAAAGAGGAAUUCAGAGGCAUGGUGGUCAAACAAGGAUGCUUACUGAAACAGGGACAUCGGAGGAAAAACUGGAAAGUGAGAAAGUUUGUUUUAAGAGAUGACCCUGCAUAUCUUCACUACUAUGAUCCUGCUGGAGGAGAAGAUCCACUAGGAGCAAUUCACUUGAGGGGCUGCGUGGUCACAGUAGUGGAAGAUAUGCCAGACUGUAAGGAACCAUGUUCAAAGACCAAGAAGUAUGAUAUUGACAAUAACCUGUUUGAAAUCAUCACCUCAAAUGAAAUCCACUAUUACUUGCAAGCAGCCUCAUCCGCAGAGCGUACAGAGUGGAUCAAAGCAAUUCAGGCAGUUGCUAGAACUGGGAAAUGAAGAUGAUCUGCCAGCAAAAUGAUAGACAACCCAAAUCGAUUACUCCAAACAAAACAGAAAUUUUAACAUUUCACUGAAAGAAUGUAAUAUCAUCCAGAAAGGCCUCCUAAGGCUUGUGGGUUGCGGGAGGGUACGUUUCAAUUCUGUAGUGGGCACUAACAAACUAACAUACCUGCUACUUUUUAAUGGGAAUAUUUUGCUAAAUUGUAUCAUAGAACGUGCCUUAUUAGUGUGUGCUUCUUUAUAAUAAUUAGAAUACCUUGGGUAGCCUACCUUAUGCCUCUCUCUUCCCACUACUGAUGGUGUGGGUUUCACCAUUAACAGGGGACAUAAUCAUGUCACUAAUUGUAAGGGACUCAACUAGUCACCUACCAUUCAGCCUACGUUGUAUAUUAGUGUCUUCAGAUUAAUUCAAAGACUUCCCAAGACAAAGACCUUACACUUUCUUAUUCACUAGCCAAUCUCUCUACUGUUAUGUUCACCAAGACUGAUAGUGCCACAAAGACAAGGAAAGAAAUGAAUCCACUUGGAAAGCUGAUCCACUCCUUUUUAAUAGCACUUCAGUGUUAAGGAAGGAAGAAUUCUGGCAACUACAGAAACACUGUUCUCAAAGCAAGUACAACUUAGUGACAGCAGUAUGAGUUUCCACACAGGACUCUCCACCCAUUGCACUCGAAGCAUGAGGCAACCUCAGUUCAUCUUCUGUAUCUACCUGAUUCUGACCUUUGCUAAACUUUUCUGCGCCAAUCUGUGCUGAUACCAUUGUUUCAAUUAAUUUGGGUGUCCAAAUCAGUUGCUAAGGUGUCAUGUACCCCAGCCUGACCCAAGAUUCUUGAGUCAAGAAUCUUGCAGGAGAAGGGCAAGGAUCCAUAGGUUUUUGGAGCUACUGAAUUGAGUGUUUAUGUUUUUUUCCCUACUGCAACAUACGCAAUGCUUGGUUCUGUAUUUUAAGCCUGUAAGAGAAACCUUGUGCUUUUUAUAAUUGGAAUAAACAUUUGCUUUUGAUAGGGUCAGUUUAUUUGAUCAGUCCUUAUAUUUUUGUUUGACUGUACAUACCAAACUUCAAAGGCUUUAAGCUUUAAGCAAGAGUUUAAAGUCAAAGUAGUGUCAGAUUCUGUGUGUUAGCCCACUCCUGCUGUGGACUAUUGUUUCUGAUUGUAAGUAAACUUAAAAACUUUUAAAAUUUAGUUCUUAGAUGCAAUGAG